UGUUUUUAAGUUUUUUUGCAAAAAACAACCACAACAAAAUGUUUGCCAAAUUUUUUCUAAUAAUAUUACUAUUUGUAAUAAGUAUUGAAUCAAUCACCGUAAACGCUGAAUGUAAUGAAAAACGUAAACUUGAUAUUGAUCGAACAGUAUCGAAAAUAUUGGCAUUCGGUAAAGAUGGUCGUACAUUUCCGGAAAAUGUUGUACAAUUGAAAACGUUUUGUCGUGAUACAAAUGAUAUGAUUGCCAAAGUUGAAAGCUAUUUCAAAGAAUGUGGCCUUACAAAUCAACAAGAUUUUGCUAAUGUUUUUAUCUAUUCACUUAAACAUGUUAUACGAACAUUAUGUCGUAAACGAAGAUCAAAAAAAGUAACACAAUUUCUUAAGGUUGGACCUUGUCUUAAUAAAUUUAUACUUGAUGAUCGAUGUAUCGCUGGUUUUUCAAAUCAAUCAAAACCAUUGAUUUCGGCUAAAAUUGGUAAUAAAAAAUUGGAACAUAUUUGUUGCAAUUAUGCAUCAGCAAUGACCUGUGUAGAUGAUUGGAUUAUGGAACGAUCAUGUUCACGUGAUUAUCGUGAACUAUUAACUGAUUAUGUACGUGGAGUUUUUGACAAUAUGAUUGCCGUAAUCUGUGGUGAAAAUAAUAACGAUUCGGAUAGAUGUGAUCAUCUGAAUGCAAAAGCACCGAAAAUGAAUGCUGAACAGGCAAAAAAUUCUACUCCAUAUAAUUCAUUCAUGUUUAUUAUAAUGGAUAUUUUUGAUUCAUUAGAUAAUGAUAUUAAUGCUUAAUAAGCGAAAUUGAUAAACAUGCCGAUAAGAAAAUCCUUCAUAAUUUACAUCCAUUAAUAAGUUGAAUUUUGAUAAGAAAAAAAACAACAUCAUAUUAUUAUGAUUAUAUCAUAGCUUUCAUUCCAAAAUAAUAUCUUUCUUUCUUUCUUUCUCUCAUUUGUUGUAACACCAUUCUA